AUGGAUGAUAUUUUGGGUCUUCUAAGAAUUCGGGUUCGCAGAGGCAUCAAUCUUGCUGUUCGUGACACAUGUAGCAGUGAUCCUUAUGUUGUUAUCACCUACUGUGGUCAGAAAGUGAGGACUCGUGUUGUGAAAGACAAUUGCAACCCUUUGUGGGAUGAGGAGUUGACUAUCUCCAUUAAGAAUCCAAAUGAACCUAUAGUUCUAGUCGUGUACGAUAAAGACACUUUUACUAGGGAUGACAGCAUGGGAAGUGCAGAAAUAGAUAUCAAGCCUUACAUGGAGUGUCUGAGAAUGGGAUUGCAAGGCCUUCCAGAUGGCACCAAGGUCGAUAGAGUUCAGCCGAGCAGGAACAAUUACCUAGCUGAUGAGAGCUGUAUUAUUUGGAACAAAGGAAAAAUGACUCAAGACAUGGUUCUCAGAUUGAGAAAUGUGGAAUGUGGUGAAGUGGAGGUUCAAAUCGAAUGGAUUGAUCUUCCAGGUUCUAAAGGUAUCCAAGGUUGA